ACGCAUUUGUUUAGUAUCAAUAGAACAAUGUUGUCAAUAAGAUGUAUACUUCUCUCAUUGUUGUCCGUUUGGGCGUUACAAUGUUCAGCUUUAAUAAAAAACCAAACACUGGUAGCGGUGAAAAAGGACAACAAUCGAAUAACUAUUCAGCCUAAACUCUAUAUCGUUAAGCCCAAAGAGAUAAUUAUCGCCAAAGCUAAAUAUGUAGACAGGAUCAACAGUACUGGAUGGGGUUAUUUAGAGAUUAGGACUUCACAAAAAGCUAGAGACGAAGAUCAAGCUUAUGGUGCCGGGUAUUUGGAAGGAACGUUAACCGCUGAUCUCAUAUAUAGCCAUUGGUUUAACACAGCUAAAGACUAUUGCACCGACCGUUCGGAGGUCUGUGAACAAUUAAAAGAUUACAUGACGACCAAUAAAGACUGGAUUAAAUCGAAAUCAAAUGAGUCCGACCCAUACUGGUACCAGAUCGGACUGUAUUACAAACAACUUGAUGGGUUGUACGACGGAUACAUGCGAGGCAAGUCACCCGAUACGCCCGACUUGACUUGGGAUGAUUUAUACUGGUUAAACGCUCUCGACGAUUUGGGCGACUUAUCUAUUGCUCUAGAUCCAUCAGAAUCUAGGCACCGUGUCCCUGGAAAUGGAUCAUGUUCGGCCCUUAUCAAACUGCUGCCAGGAAACAAAGACAUGCUUGUAUCGCAUGUGACGUGGAGCGGAUACGAAACAAUGUUGAGAAUACAGAAAAGGUAUAGUCUGCGUUAUAGGAAGAGCAAAACGUCCGACAAACUAAUACGUGGGUUCGACAUGUCGUUCAGUUCGUUCCCGGGUGGUAUUCAAUCCGGAGAUGAUUUUUACCUGAUAUCUUCUGGUUUGACCACUAUGGAGACUACUAUCGAAAAUUAUAACAAUUCCUUGUGGUCUAACGUGAAACCGGUCGGUCAGAUUUUGGAAUUUGUGCGCGCAAUGGUCGCGAACCGCCUGGCUACCAAUCCAACUGACUGGGUGGACAUAUUCAAGCUCCACAAUAGCGGCACGUACAACAAUCAGUGGAUGAUCGUCAACUACGCUGCCUUCCAACCGGGAAGUCCGUUGCCGUCCAGAGAUGUACUUCACGUCCUCGAGCAGAUGCCCGGUCAUGUGAUGCACGAUGAUUUCACCGGCCAUUUAAUCAAUCAGACGUAUUGGGCAAGCUAUAAUGUGCCAUAUUUUCCUUUUAUAUUCAACAUUAGUGGAAACAACGAUAUGGAACAACGUUACGGCUUGUGGUUCUCAUACUCGGACUCGCCUCGGGCUCGUAUUUUUGCCAGAGAUCACACAAAGAUUCAUUGUAGCAAUUGUAUGUUGCAUCUGAUGCGAUCCAAUAAUUUUACACAAGAUCCAGAAUCCCGGUGCAACUGCAGUCCACCAUAUUCGGCAGAAAACGCGAUAUCUGCCAGAAACGAUUUGAAUCCCGCGAACGGUACGUACCCCAUUGAAGCGUUGGGUCAUCGGUCGCACGGAGCCACCGAUGUUAAAGUUACUUCGAGCCAGCUAUUCCAACAGUUGCAAUUCAAAGCGGUUUCUGGCCCCACUCAAGGUAGUAACAAUAGUUUAGGACCUUUUUGUUGGAGUAAAUCGGAUUUUAACGAUAAAGUCAGUCAUCUUGGUCAACCCGACUGUUUUAAUUUUAAACCAGUAUUACAUCAAUGGUCUUUAUAAAAUAUGUAAGUAUAGAUAUAACGAGUGGUUGUUAUCUAUAUCUAUUAAUAAAAAGUUAUAUAUUUUAAAUAUACUUUA